GUAAUAGACCGCCAUCUUUACAGAUUUCAGUGCUUUUCGAAUCACCUAGAUGCAUUCCCAUCAGUUGGCUAAUAACAACUACGGCGCAGUCAGUAUCAACCCUGUUAUCGAGACGCUGGUUGAUUUGGGGACCCAGCAACGCACGUGGCAGUCACAGGAUCUUAUAUAUGAGGUAAUUCACAGAGCUUCCAGAUAAUCAAUUUUUUCUUUGCGAACUAGGGCUUCCAGUGUGCCUAUGUACCUACACUUCACGGUUCCUCCGACUAUAGACAAACAAUGCCUCGAAUUUGACCUGAACGGUGAACACAGAAUCUCUGUGCUCAGUGCACCAAGUCAGAAACAGCAUCGAGGCCCAAAGGACAGUAUGUGUUUCACAUACUCGACAAUCUCGAAGGCCUAUGGCCACAUGAAUGUCGUCGAGCAUUGGUUGGGUCAACACGGUUGAAGAGAAAGAAAGUGCCCAAGGUCUUGCAGCCUCUUGAAGCUCCGCCAAAGCCUCAUCGACAUCCAACAUAAGCAAGCCUCAGCGGUUAAAACUCUGCAAAUAUCGCGUAUUCUACCAACAGGAUGCCGUCUUCGUUUGUGAAUAUCGGGAGAGUGUUUCGGUCCCUGUACGGAUGUUCGUUGGCCAUCGGUUCGUCGAGGCGCGCGAAAGGCUGCGACACAAUGAAGGCGUCUCGCACCGGGCAAACUAUAUUUGGAACGGCGUUCAACAUUUGUCGUGCUUGUAUUGGUGGCACCGUCCCACGACCAGAUGUCAGACUCGUAUGUAGGGGUCUGUCAAGUUUUCAUCCACAUACAUUGAGAACUCUCCGCGUUCUGGUAGCCGCCCAGCGCAACCUACCCUGACGCCAGCGCAACUUGGUGCAAGCAAGGCUGCGCGGCAAGAGGAAGCAGGGUCUGAUCCCACAUCUUGCCUCUAUAAAUCCAUUGAGAAUAUUUUCGGGAGACCUAUUCAUUUUCUCCUCCUUUCGAUAUCCAUCUCCAGAUCCCUCGAUAUGACUGUCCCUGCUAGAACAUGACGCACUACACUGAUUACUUCUUCACCUCCAACCUAACCGACUACAUAUGCCCGAAUUUUGGGACAUUCCAAUGUCGGCCGCCGAAUGCUUGCGCCCGCGAGCCCUCUACGGGAAAACUGUACUGCUGCGAUCACAUGGACGGCAGUCACAGUGUAUGCUGGACGAUACCCUCGCCGUGCAAGAACGAUGGCAGCACACUUUAUUGCUCAAGCUGGGGAGUUGACUGGUGUUGUGAUUAUGACACAGAGGUCUGCACGCGCACAACUGGCCAGACGAAUAUCUGCUGGAACAAGGUAAAUAGCGAGGUUGGAUUGAUAUACGAGGAUACGUUGAACCAACUGUAUUCCUCCUUGAUGACGGAUGACCCGUCCGCGACGACAUAUGCGUUCGAUCUGGCGUCGACGCUUCAGAUCACAGUGUCAUCGUCGUUCUCUUCGCCUCCACCUUUGUCGACAUGGUCGCCAAAACCCGAUGGCUCUUCGUCCUCCGUUUUGACCCCCAGUACGCUCGGAACCACGACAACGGAUGGUAGCACGACGACCACCCCGGCACUAGGUCCCAACACGGUCAAUUCGCCUGACCCUGGGUCCCACCCGUCCUCGAGUUGGUCCGGCGGCGCUAUCGCAGCGAUGGUGCUCGCAGGCUUUAUGGUUGUGGGGACCGUCCUUGGAGUUAUAGUUCUCCUGCUAGAUCGACGCAAAAGUCGGGACAUCGUCAGAUCGGGAGCGGGAUCGGGAGCGGGAGCGGAAAUACCGGAGCUUGAUGAUACACGACCCGUGCAACAGGUCUGUGAAGCAGAUGGCCAUUCAAUACGCCCUCCACUAGUCCCAUUGGGGCCUCAUGAAUUACCCAGCGGCGCUUGGGCCCUAUGAUACUGCCUUCCUACUAGUUCGGGUCGCCAGCCGCGGACGAACGAGAGAAGUAGAGAGAGAGUUCACGCGUUCCUAAUGCCACAGACAUUCCAGUGAGAUUAAGAUUUUCCGAUACGCUAGCGAUGAUGGAAAAAUGUACUUAGUUAUUAGACUGCAAACACCUAAUAUUUUCGCUCGACCCA